GACGGCCCAUAACUUUGGCCCAAUUUGGAAUUGGGCUUCAGGGGUUAAUUAUGAUGGAAAGGAAAGUAUAGGGGUUUUUAUCGGGAAGGUAAAAAAACUGUGCCCAAUACAAACUUGGGUGCUCAACUAACUCAUUUUCUCCGCUUCAUUUUUCCCGGAAAAGAGAAAAAAAAAAAACAAGAGAGACUGCUGUUUCAGUGCUGAUGCACUUCAUAGGUUACUCGGAGGCUGCCAAGGAUCCGGAAAUGCAGGGUAUGAGUUCAAACUCUGGAACGAGAAAAUCAAAUACUCUGAACCAAAACAUGGUUGCUUCAAGACCGAAGAAGCGCAAAGAUUCAACAUUUUUACAAUCACCAUGGCACAAAGUCUAUCUGCAAGCUUCAAAGUUAUGUCAUAGCAUCAGUGUGUCAGAACAAGAGUGGGCCCUUGCGACAAAUACACUCUGUGAGAAGAUCAAUCCACAUGAGGCUAUACCUCCUUCAAAGAAGAGGCUUGUUUUAUCCACAACUCUUAUGCAACAACUUCUCAAACCAGCACCAACGUGUGUUUUCUCGGACAUCAACGCAUCUUUCAACUACGAGAUCAUUCUUUACUUGGAGUCUAGAAUCACCCUCGCUGAUGCAUGUUCUCUCCCAUGCCACUUGGAUUUUGAUAAUAUCACAAAUUUAUCACAUUUUCUUAUGUUUUUGCUCCCUUCCCUUACUUCGAAUAGGUCUAGUGAUCAAGAAAAAGGAUAUUCUACACUAGCCAAAUCUUUCGUGGAGAAAGUGCAAAAGCUUGAAAGUGACUUCCAAAGCUUGGAGAGGACCACAUCGAUACUAGACAUCAUCUUAGAAAUCCAAGAUAUUGAAAGAUUAUCUGUGAUUAACCGUCUCGCCAAGUUUCAUAGCCGUGCAAAGACCAUUACAAGAUCAGUUCCCCAGAGAUACGUUGAAUUACAAAAGCCAGGGGAACUACCUGAGCCACUAGGCCCACUACAAUGUCUUGCUCUGUGAUCAUCAGGUAGGUUUUCA